AUGUGCUGCAGCUACGGGAACUCCUGUGGGGGCUGUGGCUCUGGCUGUGGAUACGGUUCUGGUUGUGGCUGUGGCUCUGGCUGUGGCUGUGGCUCUGGCCGUGGGUACAACUGUGGAUAUGGCUGUGGCUGUGGCUGUGGCUCUAGCUGUGGUUAUGGCUGUGGCUAUGGCUCUGACUCUGGCUGUGGCUCUGGCUAUGGAUAUGGCUCUGGCUGUGGCUCUGGCCAUGGCUGUGGCUCUGGCCGUGGGUACAGUUGGGGAUAUGGCUCUGGCUAUGGCUGUGGCUCUAGCUGUGGUUAUGGCUGUGGUUCUGGCCCUGGCUGUGGCUCUGGCCGUGGGUAUUGUAACUACCACCCCUUCUGCUACAGAAGAUGCUACUCCUCUUGCUGCUGA